GUAUUUUCUCCGUUAUUAGCUUGAUGCUAGUUUUCCGAGGCAGGUUGACAGCUGAACGGGUCGUAAAGGUACAGCAGCGCAGUCUUUUAACAUUAACAACAACCAUCACAGGCUCCCGUUUUUUUUUUUUAAAGUGAAGGCACCGACAGAUUUCACCGUGUGACACCGUGUUUUUCUUUCGUACCAACCGGCCGGAGGGUUUGAGUUUAUCGGAGGACGCUAACCGUUAACCUUUCGGAUAUUGUUUGUGCUUUUUUUUUUCUUUCCACCAAGAGAGAAAAAAGAUCCGUGUAUCCGGAUGUGCCAGCAGUAUUUGGUUUUUCGCAUGGCGUAGGCACCUUUUCUAAAGCAGGAUAUUCUUGCUGUUUUGGAGGGUCGCAGGAGGCCCUCGGGUCGACAGCUUAUCCCGUUAACAUUAACUAUAAACAUACCUCCACAUUUUCGCCGUUUUUCGUUGUUUUUUUGUGUGUGGGGAAAUGAUCAACGAAAUGAUUGUGCAAUAAGAGAGGAAGGAAGCGUUUGUAACACCGUCUCGGCUACCUCAGUGUUGUGACUGUGGAGAGAGCAAGUCACCAGGAAUACAUUGUGUUUCCUGUUCUUAACCCAACAACGACGUGGUUUUAAAAGAGUGUGUGUGUGUGUGACUGUGUGUGUCUGGAGAGAGAGAGAGAGAGAGAGAGAGAGAGCUGCUCACAAGGGAGACGAAAAGAGGAAAUAUUUGUGUCCUUGUCUUGAGUGUGAGUGUGUGUGAACCCCUCCGAGGACCGGGAAAACCUUCACGAUGACGGGCAGCACCCCAGCGGACAUGAUAAACCUGCGGCUUAUUUUAGUCAGCGGGAAGACGAAAGAAUUCCUCUUCUCUCCCAAUGACUCGGCAGCAGACAUUGCUAAACAUGUGUAUGACAACUGGCCGAUGGACUGGGAGGAAGAGCAGGUCAGCAGUCCUAACAUCCUGAGGCUGAUCUACCAGGGCCGUUUUCUACACGGCAACGUAACACUAGGAGCUCUCAAACUGCCCUUGGGGAAGACCACAGUGAUGCAUUUAGUUGCCAGAGAGACUUUGCCUGAGCCAAAUUCCCAAGGUCAGAGGAACAGAGAGAAGACUGGGGAGAGUAACUGCUGUGUCAUUCUGUAAAUACAAACCUCCGCCGCCGGCCCUCCAUCCUUCUCAUCCGUUCCUGCCCUCAACAUCCUGGACCUAAUGAGCUUGUCCCCUGUUCUGGAGCCUGUCCAUAAUGCAGAUAUGCAUACAGACAAACACAAACACACUCUUCUCUCGCUUGUUUUGCCUGAUUUCUCUCACACACUCACUGACACAUACAUAGAAAGACAGCGGGCUCAGGCUAAUCCAGGACACAGAGUUGGGAGCUGGAAAUUGAUUAACGAUAGAGUUGAUUCCUUUGUUGUAUUUGAUUUGUUGUCAUAACUGAAAAUUAGAGGAAGCAACUGCAUUUGCAUGUCGGUUUUUUUUUUCUUCUUCUUUUUCUUAAUGCACACCUUCUUAAGCCUUCUGCCACACGCACGCACGCACACACACACACACACACACACACACACACACACACACACACACACACACACACACAUAGAGAUACACACAUAGAGAUACACACCUUGUCUAGCCAUUCUCAGCCGGUCGGUUAAAAGUCAGUUUCUAACUGGCUCCCCAUUUGAGCUGGUUGUCAUAGUAAUGCAGUGCCCAAGUUUGUGUGUGUGGCCUUGUUUUCUCAUACAGACUGCUGAGAAUUUUAACCACUAACAACUCGCCAACAUACAACACACACACUCACAAACACACUUACACACACACACAGUGACAACCUGUCUACACAUCCAACCAUAUGUGCUUGUGUGAUCUCCCUCCGUGCAGCAGAUGAAGCUUAGACGUGCCUGAUCAGAGAACUCAAACCAGGACACACACACACACACACACACACACACAUAUACACACACACACACAUAUACACACAUACACACACUCACACACAGAGAUACAAUAUACACACACACACCUGUGUCCUUUUUACUGCCCUCCUCUACAUGUGCCCUUAAAGGUCACAAGAGAGAAAUUAUUCCUUUUUGUCUGCAGAGCGCUGUACAGACCGAACACAUCCCACUCUUUUAGUCAUCAUAUUUUAGCCAAACAAAGCCUAACAAACAAACAAAUAAACAAACAACCAGUGUUGGUGGUCUUGUUUAGGUUAUUUGUUUGUCCAUGACAUUUGUGACUGUGUUUUGACAGUCCAUGCAUUUUACUGACCAACCAGUGUUGUGAUUAAUAAGACGUCAUGUCAGUUUGCUUCCCUCCCUGAUGCAUCAUCCCUCUCUCCGAGGAAAGGCUCAUUGUGCUCAUUUUUAAAACAGUGUUGUGAAGGAUGACAAUUGCUGUCCAAGCAGGGAAAUUAACUCGGAAUGAAAAAUGUUCCUUAUUUGUCUUAAUUCGCUUCUUACUCUCUCCUUAAUUCUCUCUCUGCAUUAAUAAGUCCAUUUUGCACAACCGAAGCAUGUGCUCCUUCAUCAGAUAAAAUAAAAAUGUAUAAAAGGUUUUAUUGUUUUAUUUUAUAUUUUUCCAAUGGAAGUAAUGUUCCAAACUAAGGUUACGUGUAGAAUAUAUUUAAUAUGAAUCUUAUAUAGAACAUGAUGACUUUAGAUCUUGUUGAUAUACAGUAUAUUGGUGUUUAGUCUAUGAUUGUGUAUACGGUUAGCUUCUAGCCAGUUCACAGUCACUUGCUGACAAUGUCUUGUGCUUAACAGCAGCAAAACCUCCCUAAUCAUCGACAGACUGUAUUUUUAUUUUCUUUCUUCUGUGCUCUUUUAUUAUUAUUUUUUUCAUUUGUUUAUAAUUUAAUGUAAUCCUUUUUUUUCUUCGUGGUUUUUUUGCUUUAUAGAAUCGCUUUGUAACCGCACUAGGUCUUAAAAAAAAUAUUGUUUAUAUUGAUCAGGGUUCAAAUCUGUACAGAGAUAAACGUUUUCAAACCAAUUGUAAAUAGCACUAAUGCUCCCUCUCCCCCCUUCAAACUUCAAAAUGGAAUACAUCUGUAAUCUAAAUAAAGGUUAUUGAAGUGCA